UCUCCAUAGGCCGCGCGGCGCGGGAGCCCCGGGACGACGUGAGGCGCGUGGCCUCCAGCAGGUCCGGCCCCGCAGGAACCCGAGGCUGACCUAGCCACCAUGGAGGCGGUGGAGGCAGAGAGUCCCUUGAACCCCAGCUGUAAGAUCAUGACCUUCAGACCCUCCAUGGAGGAGUUCCGGGAGUUCAACAAAUACCUCGCAUAUAUGGAAUCUAAAGGAGCUCACCGAGCCGGUCUUGCCAAGGUGAUCCCUCCUAAGGAAUGGAAGCCAAGGCGGUGCUAUGAUGACAUUGAUAAUUUGCUUAUUCCAGCACCAAUCCAGCAGAUGGUCACAGGGCAGUCGGGGCUGUUCACUCAGUACAACAUCCAGAAAAAAGCCAUGACCGUGAAGGAGUUCAGGCAGCUGGCUAACAGUGGCAAAUACUGUACCCCAAGAUAUUUGGACUAUGAAGAUUUGGAGCGCAAGUACUGGAAGAAUUUAACUUUUGUGGCACCCAUCUACGGUGCAGAUAUUAAUGGGAGCAUAUAUGAUGAGGGUGUGGAUGAGUGGAACAUAGCUCGCCUAAAUACAGUCUUGGAUGUGGUGGAAGAGGAGUGUGGUAUUUCCAUCGAGGGUGUAAAUACCCCCUAUCUCUAUUUUGGCAUGUGGAAGACCACAUUCGCAUGGCACACCGAGGAUAUGGACCUCUACAGCAUUAAUUAUCUCCAUUUUGGAGAGCCCAAGUCUUGGUAUGCUAUACCCCCGGAGCAUGGAAAACGACUUGAAAGACUAGCUCAAGGUUUUUUCCCAAGUAGCUCCCAGGGGUGUGAUGCAUUUCUUCGCCACAAGAUGACACUGAUUUCUCCAUCAGUAUUGAAGAAAUACGGGAUUCCUUUUGAUAAGAUCACCCAGGAGGCUGGAGAAUUUAUGAUCACUUUCCCAUAUGGCUACCAUGCUGGUUUCAAUCAUGGUUUCAACUGUGCAGAAUCUACAAAUUUUGCUACUGUCAGAUGGAUUGACUAUGGAAAAGUUGCUAAAUUGUGCACUUGCAGGAAAGACAUGGUGAAAAUUUCAAUGGAUAUCUUUGUGAGGAAAUUUCAGCCCGACCGAUACCACCUUUGGAAACAAGGGAAGGAUAUAUACACCAUCGAUCACACGAAGCCUACUCCGGAAUCUACCCCGGAAGUAAAAGCAUGGCUGCAAAGGAGAAGGAAAGUAAGAAAAGGAUCCAAAAGCUUCCAAGGAUCCAGGUCUCACCCUAAGAGGCCUAAGGCUGAGGAUGAUGAAGUGUCAGCUGAAGUUGAUGGGGUAGAGGUCCCUCACCCUCACCCUGGCACAGAGGUCCUCAAGGUUAGCAAACAGCCAGAAAAAGCAGCAAAGCUGGGGAGCACAGAAGCCCCUCCCAAAGAGGCCGCUGCUGGCACAACACGGGUGCAUCCAAAUUUAUUGGGUGGCAUCACACUCUCAGGAAACAGCUACUUAAGUACAUCUGUUAUGGAGGAGAUAAAAACUGAAGGUGGGAAAGCCUGUGGCAUAACUACACCAUCCGUACCUCCUGAGGCUGAUGAUUCCAUAGCAUUACCUAGUGGCCACUUGAAGGUCCAGGAACCAGACCCAGCUAAGCUUCCAUGGCCGAAGUCGCCUGAGUCGUGUUCCUCAAUGGCAGAGAGUAAUGGCUUGGUUACAGAGGAAGAAGAAAGUGAUGUGGAGGGCCACAGUAGUGGCCUUGAACCCGGGGAAAUCUCAGCAGUCCUCAGUGAAGAGCGGAAUGGCUUCAAAGUCCCCAGUGUAAUAGAAGGAGAGACCAAAACGUCUAAGAGUUGGCGCCAUCCACUUACUAAGCCUCCAGCCAGAUCCCCAAUGACUCUUGUGAAGCAGCAGGCAACGAGUGAUGAAGAACUGCCUGAGGUUCCAUCAAUAGAAGAGGAAGUGGAAGAAACAGAGUCUUGGGCAAAGCCUCUCAUUCACCUUUGGCAGACAAAGUCUCCUAACUUUGUGGCUGAGCAGGAAUAUAAUGCAAUUGUAGCAAACAUGGAGCCACACUGUGCCAUUUGCACCCUGCUUAUGCCAUACUACAAGCCAGAUAGCAGCAAUGAAGAAAAUGAUUCUAGAUGGGAGACAAAAUCGGAGGAAGUGGUUAUGUCGGGAGGCAAGACUAAGCCCCUCAUUCCAGAGAUGUGUUUUAUUUAUAGCGAGGAAAACAUCGAGUAUUCUCCACCCAAUGCCUUCCUUGAAGAGGAUGGAACAAGUCUUCUGAUUUCCUGUGCAAAGUGCUGUGUUCGGGUUCAUGCAAGUUGUUACGGUGUCCCUUCUCAUGAGAUCUGUGCUGGAUGGCUGUGUGCCCGGUGCAGAAGAAAUGCGUGGACAGCAGAAUGCUGCCUCUGCAACCUGAGAGGGGGUGCUCUGAAGCAAACUAAGAACAAUAAGUGGGCCCAUGUCAUGUGCGCUGUUGCAGUCCCAGAAGUUCGGUUCACUAAUGUCCCCGAAAGAACACAAAUAGAUGUAGGCAGAAUACCUUUACAGAGGUUGAAAUUGAAAUGCAUGUUCUGCAGACAUCGCGUUAAGAAGGUCUCUGGAGCCUGCAUCCAGUGCUCCUACGGCCGUUGCCCUGCUUCCUUCCAUGUCACGUGUGCCCAUGCUGCUGGGGUGCUGAUGGAGCCUGAUGAUUGGCCUUACGUGGUGAACAUCACCUGCUUCCGACACAAGGUCAUCCCGAAUGUGAAGUCCAAGGCUUGUGAGAAGGCCAUCUCCGUGGGCCAGACAGUCAUCACAAAGCAUCGGAACACCCGCUACUACAGCUGCCGGGUGAUGGCUGUGACGUCGCAGACCUUCUAUGAGGUCAUGUUUGAUGACGGCUCCUUCAGCAGAGACACGUUUCCUGAGGACAUUGUGAGUAGAGACUGCAUGAAGCUGGGCCCUCCUGCUGAGGGAGAAGUCGUCCAAGUCAAGUGGCCUGAUGGCAAGCUGUAUGGGGCAAAAUAUAUUGGAUCGAAUGUUGCCUACAUGUACCAGGUUGAGUUUGAAGACGGAUCCCAGAUAGCGAUGAAGAGAGAGGACAUCUACACCUUAGAUGAAGAGUUACCCAAGAGGGUAAAGGCUCGCUUCUCCACAGCCUCUGACAUGCGAUUUGAAGACACGUUUUACGGAGCAGACAUAAUCCAAGGGGAGCGGAAGAGGCAAAGAGUGCUCAGCUCCAGGUUUAAGAAUGAGUAUGUGGAUGACCCCGUGUACCGCACUUUUCUGAAGAGCUCUUUCCAGAAGAAGUGUCAGAAGAGACAGUAGUCUACCUACAGCGCUGCAGGCAACAGAGAGGAGAGGAAGUGCCAGCCUGGGGGCGGUGCCGUGUGCUUUGCUGGGGCAGGUGGCUGGGUUUUUCCCUGGCAGUGGUAAACCAGGCUGCCAGCAUCUGGUCACCAAACAAAGCGCUCAUGCUAGUAGUUGGAUUCUGCAACCUAAAGUUGUCCCCUAGUCUUGUUUUAUUUGUGAACAAUUAUCUUCUAUGAUCCCAAAGAAUUUUUCUAAGUGAAAGGAUAUAAUAGUGAAUGACCCACUAGCAAAAGCCACUGCCGGAGGGAAGGUAGGUCCCCAUGUGCAGCUCAGGCCCCUCAUCAGGAAACACAUGGCGUCUUCCCUCCCGGACCUGGCGGGCAGGCGGAGCCUCUUACCCAGGUGGGAGGGUGAUAAUUUAUAUAUUUUUCACAGUCAGGGAAGGACUCUCACUUAUUUGUUUCAAAUGGCAGUUUUUAUAAAACAUUUUUAAAACACAAAUGGCAUGUAUGGUAAUGAGAUUUACCCGUGUGCUAUCUGUAUCCCCAUGUACAGUACUUUUGCAUUUUUUUAUAUUCCUAUUACUUUUGAUUGUGUCCGAUGAGAACUGAGCUGGCCUUUGUGAAAUGAAAUUUUUGGCUCUUGAGGAAGAAUUCUUAGGAAUUCCAUGAGAAUUUUAUAUAUUUAAAGAGGGAGAUCUGGGGCGUUAUUUUUAAACACUUUUUUUCAUAAUACCUAUUCUAAGUAGAUAUUUAUAAAAUGUUUCUUUCAUUAUGUGUUUGUAAAAUUAGAGUUUAAAUAAAUAUGCUUUGAUGCAUAGUUUUGAACUAAUGUAACAUGAUUUUCCUUUUUAAAACACCCUGAAAAUGUACUAGUGUUUAAAAAUAAAGAUUUCCAUUUUCUCCUA